AUGGAGACUUGCCACGGUGGCGUGGAACCAUCGUCUAUCCCAGCUCUGGGCCUGGACAUCCUCGCUCCAAGUUGGAGCGAGGAUGUCGACCACCACAACAGCGGACACAUUUUUGUUGCCUCGACGGUAGCCAUGUGUGCGCGGGCUCUGUGCGGAAAUAAUGGAUACGCUCGGUGUCUUGAUUCGCGCAGCCGCAUGAUGCAGGCUGACGUCCCGUGCUAUGCUCGGUUGUUCGAGAAUGUUCCGACACUCGAGGCCACGGCCAUCGUGGCACGGCACAAAGCCUUCCCGGCAUUUGUUCAUGCAGCUGUGCGCUUGGCUCUUUGCCGUCAUGCCUGA